UCUCGUCCAAGUCUUUCCUCCAAAAAUUACAACGUUUAAUGUGAAAAUUAGGGAAAUCUCCUCCUCCUCUUGGGGGCUCUCUGAAUCAAAUCUAUAUCUAAAUUCUCAUUCUUUCUUUCUUCGUUGCCUCAUUAAUUUCAUCGCUCCUAUCAAUUUCUCUACCACUUUCCCUUUAUUUAUGCACUUUCCCAUUUUGCUCUGGCAAUUAUCUUUUGGACAUUUUGAGGCUGUAGAUCCAACUGCAAUUCCAACUUGGGUUUUUGUAGAGCAGUAUUGUUUUGUUUCAAGCAUCUACUUUGUUGUUGAGGAAUUGUACUUCCAAAUUCAAAUGGAUUAUGGUAGAGAGAGCAAUGCGGUCCAGGUAAUCACUGGGAAUAGUGGUGGUGAUAUUUGGUCUGGUGACCAAGCGGUUUGGGCUACUGAGGAUGAGUACCGAGUUUGGAAUAAUGGUGACGCGAUGGCGGACACCAUGUCCAACUCAAGUUAUGAUCAAAGGCAAUCGCAAAGUCACUCUGGAAGCGAACCUCCAAAUAAGAAAUCAAGGAACUCCCAAGAUGCAACUUCAUCUAACCGGUCGAAAGCCAUUGGGAAAAUGUUCUUCAAAACCAAACUUUGUUGCAAAUUCCGUGCUGGGACGUGCCCCUAUGUCACCAAUUGUAACUUUGCUCAUAGCAUUGAGGAGCUUCGGAGACCGCCACCAAAUUGGCAAGAUAUUGUGGCUGCCCAUGAGGAAGAAAAGGCUGUAUCUUCAGAGCCAAGGGAAGAGUAUCAAAUUCCAAUCGUCUCUACAGGUUAUGGUGUGGAGACUCCAAGAUCCUAUAAAGGGAGGCAUUGCAAAAAGUUUUAUACUGAGGAAGGGUGUCCUUAUGGGGAUAAUUGCACUUUUCUACAUGAUGAGCAGUCCAAGAAUAGAGAGAGUGUGGCAAUAAGUUUAGGUCCUGGAGGGUAUGGUGGUGGUGCUGCUGCUGCGAAUGGAGCAAGUAACAAGCCAUCAAACUGGAAAACAAGGGUUUGCAAUAAGUGGGAAUUGACAGGAUAUUGCCCAUUUGGAAGCAAAUGCCAUUUUGCUCAUGGUGUAGCAGAAUUACACCGGUAUGGUGGUGGGCUUGUGGAGGGAGAAACUAGAGAUUCUUCUUCAGUUGCUCCUGACAAUAAGCAGGGAGCAAUGCUUUCGAAAACUCCAGGAGAUGCUGUGGUAGUAUCAGUUCCUCUAGUUUCUCAUUCUGAUGUUUAUCACCUUGGAGUCCCGUCACAAAGAUCAUCCAUUGUAAUUCAGAGAUCAGGGCCGCGAGCCCAUCAGAAAUGGAAGGGACCAGACAAAAUCAGUAGGAUAUAUGGUGACUGGAUUGAUGACAUCGAAUAGAAUUUGGGAUUGCUCGCCCGCAAUGCAAUGCGGUCGCUUACAUUAUCCUUCCUGGAAUUAGAUAGAAAAAUAGAUACCUAGUCUUUGUUAGAGAUUACGGUAUCAUCAUGUAACUGUAACUUUUCUGUAGAAGUUUCUGUAUCCUCGCUUCAAGUUCAGGUUGAUGCCGGGCGUGUUAAGUCACGUCCCAUGUGUUUAUUUCAUGUGAGAAUUUUGUUGUUACAGAUAGAACUUGAAGCUUUGUAUCACUCUCCUAGUCUUAGUAUCGACCGGUUCUUGUUACCAUAUAUAAUUAUGUGACAGACACUCGUUGUCCGGAAGAGACGACGGUCCUUAAUUUAUAACACUUUGUUCGAACUAUCAGUUAAAUAAGUUAUUUAUCUUGCAUUCCCU